AUGGCUCCCAGAGAGGAGCUGAUUGCUUCUGCUGUGACCUUCCUCCAAGACCCUUCAGUAGCGUCUUCACCAAUCGAGAAACGAGUCGCAUUCCUUCAAUCUAAAAAUCUAACCCAAGAAGAAGUCGAUGUCGCUUUAUCGCGUGCUGGCGAAGAUCCAUCGGCUGCUGCUGCCGCUUCGGGCAGUACGCCCUCUUCGCAGAAUUAUCAGUCACAACAGCUUGCCUAUCAGCCUCAGGCUCAAGUUACCCAAGGAUACGGCUAUCCCCAAUAUAAUCAAUGGCAAGCUCCUCCAGAGCCACCGAGGCGGGAUUGGCGGGACUGGUUCAUCAUGGCGACAGUGGUUGGUGGUGUAGGGUAUGGAUUAUAUACUGUCACUAAGCGUUAUAUCUCCCCAUUGAUUGCCCCGCCAACACCUCCUCAACUAGAGCAGGACAAGGAAAAUAUUGAUGAGCAGUUUUCUCGUGCGUUUGCAUUAAUUGACCAGCUCUCGACUGAUACCGCGGCAUUGAAGGCCGCUGAAGAUGCUCGUACAGAGCGCUUGGAUUCCGCUCUUAAAGAUGUCGAGGGUCUUGUCACAGAUCUGAAGAUAUCAUCCCGCCGGAGAGACGAUGAAACCCGCCGAAUUAGCGAUGAAGUUAAGUCACUGAAGGAUGCGAUCCCUAAGGCGCUUGAGGGUGCUCGGGAGGGUAAUGAGAACCGUUUGAAAGAACUUGGCACUGAAUUGAAGAGCCUGAAGGUCUUGCUGGGAAACCGACUUGGUAGCGGUGGCACCACUACUCCCGUUGGCGGUAGAACGGUUGGAAGCUCAACUCCAGUUCCAUCCAUCAAUCCUGUGGCUCCCUCUACACCGGCAGCUAGUGGCUUGCAAGCGUCUGUUUCUUCCCCAGAUCUAGAAUCACAGUCGUCGCCAGCCAUCCCUGCGGUUAGCGCUCAGGUCCCAAGCAGGCCACUUUCCCAACUCAACCGAUCUGCAUCUAUUCCUGCAUGGCAGAUGGCGGCUGCCAAUCGGUCUACGAGCUCGCAAGCAUCGUCGGUUCCGGCUACCUCUGAUAAGCCGGAUAGCAACAGUGAGCAGAGUGUUCCAGCCAGCUAA